UUAUCACAAGAAAACUUGAAAAUAGAAAGAAUUGUCAGAUUUUUGACUUUUCGACAGUACUUGAACUUGUAAUUGAAAAAUAAACCAAAUCUAAGCUUGAAAUUGUGAUAUUUUGCCAAAUGUAUUUAUUCUACAUAUCUCAUUAAAUGAUUAUUUUUAAACAAAUUCCAAAAUACACAAAUAUUCUGUGACAGGCUAUGUUUUCACAGAGCAGAGACGACACUGACAGGAAAACAAAACAGGAUUGAUCCAUAAAACAAAUACAGCUUGGCUCAAAAAUGAUAUAAAGAGAGGCACAUUGUUGGAAGGAUACAUUCAGCAUGGUGAAAUAUAUUUCUAAAAUUGAUGUGCAGAGCUCAUAGACGUGAGAAAUGUAAUUACAUUUUAAUUAAAUUAAUACUCUAAUAACCUAUAGCCUGUAGCAUGUGGAGCCUUCAUGUUUUUCUAGUACCGGCAACACCUGUGGAUACUUGGAAAAAUGUUGUACAUGUUGAUUCCAUUUUUUUUUCAACAUUUAUAGAUCAAAAAAAUCAAAGAAAUUAAUUUUUUCUUUUUGCGUUUUUUAGGGUUUAAGGUAUUCAACUGUGGGACACGGCACAGAAAGUAUUUUUUUCUUUUGUAUACUCCUAGCCAUGGUUGUGCUGUUUCCAUAGAGGUGCAGGACUUUGUAUCGAUAAGAAAAACAAACCUACAGUGAAUACAAAUAUUACAAAAAAAAUCCAAAAACUGCUGGAGUUUAGAAGGUUAAUUGCCAGAAUUUGCUUUAAAAACUCCAAAAACAGAAAAUAUGCAAGAAUAAAUAAACUGCUUAAUAAUAAUAAUAAUAAUAAUAAUAAUAAUAAUAAUAAUAAUAAUAAUAUAGUAAUUAUAGAAUUAUUAUAAUAUAUAAUAAUAUUGUUAGAAAAAAAUAUUUAACCUUAAAAUAUAAGUCAUUGUAAAAUGACUAACCCAAUUAAAAUUAAAAUUAAUCAAAAUUAUUGACCUGCAUUUGGCAUUUAUGACAUUUUAAGAAAUUGCAUUUUGAAAUAUAUUGCAGUAUAAAAAUUACAUAAAAAUUGUACUUGUCUGGCAGUUAUUAUACUUUAGUAUUAGAUGUAUUAGAUUUUUUCCCCUCAUACAGUGUUGGAGCUGAACAGCCUGUACUGGAGCACACAGUUUAGUAGCAACUAAGUGUAGCAUAAACACUUGGCCACUUAGCAGCAGUAAAAGCUAACUCGCUGUCCUUAGAGUCACUUUUGUGAAAUUACAGCAGUAAAACAAUAUAAUUACAACGGCCGUUUGCUUUUUAAUGUACUGUAAAGAUGAUAAAAUCAAACUGCGUUAAUCUUGACAGGUUUAUGGAGGAGUUCGGCCAACUGGAACAGAAAAUCACAGAGGUUAAUGGCAGAAACAGCAUGUUGGAGAUCACGUUGGAGGACGCCAACAGACUCACAAAGUUCAGUCUGACCAAGGAGAAGAGUCUGAUGGAGGAGAAAAACAGCCUCCUGGCCACAGUAAACAGACUUCAGCAGACUCUGCAGGAACAGUGCAACCUCAGAGUGGAGAAUGAGAGACUGAAGAAGGAAAUAACGGAUCUGAAACGACAGAAUGAGAGAACAGUGGAGGUUGGAGAGGCUGAAGUUCAGCAGCUGGUCACUAAACUGAGAGCAGAAGAAGACCGACACCAGAGGGAGCUGGAGGCUGUAAGACGACAGUGUCGGAUUGAAGUGGAUGACGCGCAGCGGGGGAGUUUCAAUCAGCUGGAAGCUAAAGAUGCUGAAAUAAAGAGGCUGCUGGAGCAAAAAGAUCUGGAUCUGGAGGAGAUGAAGAAGAAGCUGAAGGAUCAAGAGAGGGAGAGGCAGAGCGAGCUGCUGAAGUUACAGAUGGAGUUUGGUGCGAAGUUAGCCAGAGUUCAGAGCACAACCCAGUUGAACCAGCAGCAGCAGCAGCACCAUGGUUCCAACCCUUUACCACAGAGUGUCUUUAAGAGGAAGCUGCAGUUCUUCCAGGAGGAGAAAAACAAGGAGAUCCUUGCUCUGCGUCAGAGAAUCAAAGAGCUGGAAGAGAAUCAGCGCAGCCUCACGGACGGCCGUCUGAAGAGGAGGAAGUUCUAGUUUGUCGCUGCAGGUAGAGGAACCACCUGAAAUGUUCGUUGGAGUUUUGAACUUCCUGCAGAACAUUUGCUGAACUGUCCAGGUGCUUCUGCAUGACUAGAUCUGCCGUUCUCGCAGGUGACCGGUAUGCAGAGAGAACAUUCAAACACAUGCUGUAUUCCUGUCUAAGGCUUUAAUCCAAUUAGACGCCUGCAGGAAGGGACGGACCGAGGGAGGGAGGGGGAGGCGUAGAUGAGGGAGACGCACACUUCUGAAUGAAUCGCAUCGCUGGAAGGCUAAUCCCACUCACUGUUUAUCUCUUUUCAUUCAGAGAAGUAAUUUACUACGAUUGAAUUCCCCUGUUCUGUUAAGAUUAUUUGAAUUCAAGCUCAAAGCCGCUGAGAUCUUUUAAACUGUCUUCAGGGAAAACAUUUAUACUGAUACAGACAUUCUGGACUGAUAUUCCCUAACAGUUCUUGUCGUUUAUGGUGUAGAACUCGGUUGAUAAUAAUUUUUGAAAGCAGAACUCAGUAUUUAAGCACUUGAAAAAUGUUCUGUGAACUGUGAGGCUUACAGUGCCUUUUAAAAUAAUAGCUUUUUGGGAAUUUGCUGUCCAAAUCUGUUGCCAAGAGUUUAAAAAGUGAAAAUUCAUAUCACUGUCAUGUUACUGCGAAACAAAAUCCGCCUUCAGGCCGCAUUAAACCUCUAUUUUGUUUGUUUAAUAAGCAGGUUGAUUGGAGUUAUUGGCUGGAUUAGAAGUCGUCUUGUCACCAUGAGGUUGCUAGCCUAAAUAUAUCUUUUAAUAAAUUA